CCAGCUUUCAACUUUCUUUUCCUUUUAUUAUCUCUGGUUCGAAGUUGGCAGCUGCCCUACACUGCCAGAGAGCAACGCGGCUCUCGGUAAUCGACAGAAUACCACUAAUCGGUAUCGCUAUCUCCUCUUCUCCUCCAAACUUGAACCUUUGACGAAUAAUCCGGCCAAAGCUUUCGAUCCUCACUUUCCAUAGCCGACUACACACGCGAUAGAGCUUCCGGUGAGAUAUAACAUCAUCUUUUUCCAUGUAAGUAUAUCCUCCACUGACAUGAUCCUAGCAGAACUCAAAAGUCCAUUCGGUACAAGAAGCGUAUGUCCCUCAAAAGUCAAGCCUCACACGUCAAGCUUCCGACACUUGUCCAGAUAGCCGGGUGGUCCGCGGAGGAUAAGACAAUAGUCCAGGAAUACUUCGGAUUAAGCUUUCAUCAGCUUCUAUCGGAAGUAAAGAAAAUCGAAAACGCGCGAAAACGCGCGGCACUCCAGCGGGCAGGAGAGUCAGACAAGAAAGCCAGAGACGGCAUUCGGAGUCCCAUCGACCCAGAUAGUGACACUCCCUACGAAAGCUCCAACUCCGAAAGCAAGGCAGAAUUGUCCGUCUCCGACUCUAUCAUCAGCGGAAAAGUUCACAGCAAAGGUCGUGCAACCGACACGCAAAUCAACAUGUCAGGUCAACAGCAACGUCGUGGCACCACAGCCAUUCUCCGCACAGACGACUGGUCCUUGGAAGACGCCCUUCACGCUUUGGAUGCUGAGUUUUACUGUAGAAACGAGGCACAUGAUCCAGAGAGUUUCGUCCCAGGAGUGUCCACUAUACUGAGAGGUGAACCAGGCUAUGACUUAUGGGUUGAGCUACGCGCCAAGAUUCGAGAAUACUUUUCAGUUGCUGCAGCCAAUCCAAAUCUCAAAGGAAUGAAGCAUCCCAUGACUACCCAGACCAUGAGGAAAGCACUUACGGCUGUGCGUGCCUUCUAUGGCGACCGAUAUGUUGACGUUGAUGGAGGGCGAGUACACUGGGACCAGGCAUUACCUGACAGAGCGGAUUGGAUUGUCGACCGAUUUUGCAGUCCCCUCCAUGGAUGGAACCCAGUCCUGAGUCAUGCUGCCUCUGUAUUGGGAUUCGCCAAAUGUCUGGACAUCCUGGAACCUCUUCCUGGAGCCCAAAAUUCUAUUGAAGGAGGCGAUGGCUCCAUGCAAGAAGAUGAUGAAGAUGAUCUCUCUGAAGAUAACUCCUCAAUCAAGGACGAAUAUACCUCCGUCAAGAACGAUAAUUCCCUGUCGAGUCUGAAGUUAGAAAUUGAGAAUCAACAAAAGCAGACUGAACAGCGACAUGACGAAUUCAAGCAGCUGCAAUCCAAAGUUGAAAACCUCGAGAAAGAAGGCAAAACUCAAAAAGAUGACCUGGAGGUGCUUAGGGAUAACUACCGUCGCCUUGAAGAAAAGUCAGAGAAGCAAGCCAAGGAAAUGGAACAACUUCAACCUACGAAUGUUGGCUUGACAGCGAAGGUGGAUAAGCUCCAGACACUCACUGAUGGACAACAGGAGCUUCAGAAAAAACAUCAGGAUGAGGUAUCAAGGCUGAAUUCUGUGUUGACAACCUGCAUGGGGCAGAUCAAAAGCUUGGAAUCUUCCAAACUCCAGCAAUUACCAGCUGGUGUGAGUCCAGUUGCCAGCGGUGAGGCCACCAAAACCGCUGGGGACCCAUUUGUCAAUGUGCCUAAGCCACCUGACAUUCUAUCCAGCCAGGACAAGGCGACAGGAUCUGCUUCUGGGUCUCAGGAUCUUCCUGCUGAUACAGCUGGUGACGGAAAUCUCUCUAAGAGUGCCGCUUCCUCGGCACUCGGGACUCCUGAACCUGGCCCUAGCAGUGCACUCAUUGGAGGACGGUUAUCGCUUAAACGCAAGGCCACCCCAGAGACUCUUACUCGAAAGGGGCGAAAGUUUCCCGCUGCCAACACGCCCAAGUCCUCCUCGCCUGCCAACGGUGGACGAAACCCGUUUGGUAGCCGUACUCACACAACUAGUGAUACAAAACGCCCGAAAACCAAAGGCAGCAAGUAAUUUACGCCCCAAAAACCCUGAAAGCGGGCAGGAAUAUUCGGCCUCGUGUUAAGAUUUGGGGGGUCAAGAACUGUACUGGGACGGUGGAGAAAAAGUCUUGGAGUUUUGGUACCGGUAUAACAAAUUUCGCUCUUCACUGUUAGCUAGUCGAAUUGAGAUGCUUUUCAUCCUG